UCAUGGGAACUUUCUAAGGUAGACAUGUCAGGACGCACUCCUCAAAAUUCCCUCCUCCUAUUGUACAUGAUAUCAAAUCUGUUACAAGAUAACGCCCAUUUGAAUCACGCUCAUCUGCAAUACUGGGUCCUUCAUUCUGUUGACCUUUCCCAAUUGCAUUCAUUGCCUAUCGGUUAAAGCUUUGUCUAAUCUUCAGGCGCAACUCAUUUCGGCGUUGCUUAUCACAAUUGCCCCCUUUCUCAACAUGAAUCCCAGAAAGACGGUACAGAUAAAAACAUUGAACCAGCGGUAGGGUUGGAGACUUUGGAGAGUUCUCUCCAAUCUUCAGUCUCGCGACCAGUAGUAGAGAGUGUUGAGCUGAGCCCAGCUGGUCCUUCGAUGGUACGACGUCACCAUGAUAAAUGGAGGCGCGUGUCUUCCAAAACAACUCCUCGUCGUAAGCUUAUCGGAUUCUCUUCACACCCUCGAUGAUGUCUCGAAGUACCUGCUUAUCCGGAUGAUAUGAGAAAUUUGGACGCCCGCGACGGACCGGGCCACACACACACACACCCGCGUAUAAACCCUUGGUGGGGGAUAUCUAUGACCAAACACAGAGGCGCACGGUGAUCGAUCACUAUUCGGUGGCAUAAUCGAGUGAAAUAUCAGCCCGCAUUAUUAUUGGCCCCGCCAGUCUAGUGCAAUAAAUCGAUACCAAGCAUUCGGAUGGUCAGUUUGCAGUCAUCCCUGUCUACUGCCGGACGGGACUGUCGCGCGUGGUCUCCUCCCGUGUUUCGGCCAUUGUUUUUGUGAGCGGCCAAUCGAAGUGGUGCAAAAAUGGGAAUAUGGGACAGUGUUAAGGAUUUUCGGAAAUAUUCCAACCAAUAUCUGGCUGCUUUCACCGGCACACUGCUGAUGCUUUCGGUGGCUGCAUCGUACGGUUGGACUUCGCCAACGCUUCCUCUUCUGCUUGGCGAUGAUUCACCGCUGCCCAUCACACCGGACGAAAGCUCCUGGAUCGUGUCCAUCCUCGUGCUCACGUCUAUUGCCGGGCCCGUUGCAUCGGCCUGGCUUAUCGAUGGCUUUGGACGCAAGGUGACGCUUCUGCUGGCCGUGCUGCCCAGCAUCGUGGGCUGGAUUCUGAUCGGUGUCGGUGAUUCCGUCACGGUCGUGUUCAUAUCCCGAGCGCUUAGUGGCAUUUCGUACGGUAUGGCGUACUCCUCCAUGCCACUGUACCUCGGCGAAAUUGCUUCGGACCGGAUACGCGGUUCCAUCGGCACGUUGCUCACGGUAAUGGCUAAGACGGGCAUUCUGCUCGAGUACAUUAUUGGACCGUAUGUGGAGUAUCGCACCCUGGCCUGGAUAUCGCUCUCCUUCCCGGCGACGUUCUUCGUGCUGUUUCUCUGGCUGCCGGAGUCGCCGUACUAUCUGCUGGCAAAGCAGCGCACCGAACAGGCGGAGAAGAACCUGCGCUGGCUACGCAAGACGGGCGAUGUCCAGGACGAGCUGAAAAUGAUGCAGACUGCCGUGGAACGAUCGCAGCAGAAUCGUGGCACCUUCCGGGAUCUGUUCAGCCGAGGCAACAGGCGCAGUUUGAUCAUCAUUCUCGGGCUCGGUGCGCUUCAGCAGCUGUGCGGCAGCCAGGCGGUCAUCGCUUACUCGCAGCAGAUCUUCGACCAGGUAAACAGUGGCCUCAAGGCACACGAAUCCUCCAUCAUAAUGGCCGUCAUUCAGCUCGUUACGGCGGCCCUCUCCUCUUCGAUCGUCGAUCGCGUCGGACGCCGUCCGUUGCUGCUCAUUUCCACCGUCGGCUGUGCGGUCGGCACGUUCAUCGUGGGACUGUACUUCUUCCUAGUCGACCAGGAGGUCGAUGUGGACGGGAUCGGCUGGAUUCCGCUUGCCGUCAUCAUGAUCUACAUCAUAUUCUACACCGUCGGUUUGGCGACGGUACCGUUCGCUAUCCUGGGCGAAAUAUUCCCCACCAACGUGAAGGCAGUGGCAGCCGCCAUUUACACCAUGUUCGCCGGUUCGGUUGGAUUCGGUGUGUCCAAGCUGUAUCAGCUCAUCUCCGACGAGGCGGGCACGUACGUGUCGUUCUGGAUUUUUGCGGCCUGCUCGGCCGCGUUCGUAGUGUUUGUGUUUGCACUCGUGCCCGAAACGAAGGGCAAACCGCUCGAUCAGAUACUGAUCGAGAUGCACACCUCCACGAGCCGGAGUCUCAACUGUUGCUGUCGCUCGUCCGCCAAGCAAGACCCAGCCACACAUGCAGCGUAACCGGGGCCUUAAACCUAUAGCUUCUACUGCGCUUAUUUACUGAGCGAGAAAACAUUGUCUACAAUAAUAUGUUACGUACAUUUACCUUUUUUUUAACCCGGAA